UGCAGACGACAGAACAGGAGAGAGGACAAACAAGGCGACCCCAAAAAUAGGAAGAGAAAGGAAGAGCGCGUUGCAUCCUGCUUAGGGACCGCUCAGGACCACCCGGCUUGUGUCUGGCGUUCCAACACAAACCGCACGCCUUUAGCUGUAAUGAUAUUUAAUUUCUCUUAGGGAUGCCAUUUGUGACUUAAGUGAAUUAUGCAACAAGGCAGGUGAGAAAAACAGGCAGUGGCUUCUCCUGUGGAUGCAAGUAUAAGAAGAGACCCAGCAACUUUUCAAGCACAGCCUAAUACCACCAAACAAAAAUAGACCAAAGAAAGUAAAGGCAAAGAUCCACAAAUGAAGUGUGAAAAUUGCACCAAAACGGAAUGUAGUAAAAAACAGAAGAGUGAUGACCAACAAAACACACCAGUUGAGUUUCUCAAUUCAAACGACAAAAAUGAAGAGAAAAGUGAAUUCCAUAAGUUGGCUAAUGCUAAAAUACUGCUUAGUGACUGCCUAGCUUGUGACAACUGUAUAACAUCCAAUGAAGCAGUUAGAGUUUUCCAGCAAAAUCAGAACGAACUCUUCAGUGUACUGAACCUUAAUAAGAAAUGUGAUACCUCAAAACACAAAGUGUUGGCAGUGUCUAUAUGUCCUCAGUCCUUGCCUUAUUUUGCUGCUAAGUUCAAUCUCUGUGUAACAGAAGCAGCCAAGAGGCUUUGUGGUUUCCUCAAAAGUCUUGGUGUGCAUUAUGUCUUUGAUACCACGAUAGCUGCUGAUUUUAGUAUCCUGGAAAGCCAGAAGGAGUUUGUGCAACGGUACCACCAUCAGAAUCAAGAAGAACAUGCCUUACCUAUGUUCGCUUCAGCUUGCCCGGGUUGGAUCCAGUAUGCAGAGAGAGCCCUCUCCAGCCUGGUAACUCCACACAUUUGCACUGCAAAGUCCCCGCAGCAGAUCAUGGGCUCGCUAAUAAAGGGGUAUUUUGCCAGACAGCAGAAUCUCUCCCCAGAGAAAAUAUUCCACAUCAUUGUGGCACCUUGCUAUGAUAAAAAGCUAGAAACCUUGCGAGGAGACUUCUACACCCCGUUGUCUAAUUCUCAAGAUAUUGAUUGCGUUUUAACAUCAGGUGAAGUCUUCCAAAUAAUGGAGCAGAGAAAAAUCUCUCUGAAAGAAACAGCAGAGCAGGACUUUGAUACCCUGUUUGGUGGAGCAAAGGAGGCUGAAUUAAUCCGGCAUGAUGGAAGAAGCUCGGAUGGUUACCUGGAGCACAUAUUUAAAUACGCUGCCAAGGAGCUGUUUGACACUGAAGUAAAGGAGCUCACAUACAAAGUAUUAAAAAACAAAGAUUUCCAGGAGGUCACACUAGAGAAGGACGGUGAGACAGUGUUGCGCUUCGCUGCAGCAUAUGGCUUCCGCAACAUCCAAAACAUGGUCCUGAAGUUGAAAAAGGGGAAAUGUUCCUACCACUUCGUAGAGGUGUUAGCCUGUCCUGGAGGGUGCUUAAAUGGGAAGGGUCAGGCUCAAACUGAAGAUGGAAAACCAGACAAAGCCCUGCUCAGGCAGAUGGAAGAUGUAUAUGCUGCAGUGCCUGUCCGACUUCCUGAAACUGAUGGGCAUGUGCAGAAGCUUUACCAGGAAUGGCUAGAAGGGAUGGACUCUAUGAAGGCCCAUCAGUCAUUACAUACCAAGUACAGCAUGGAAAAACCCGCUGCCACCAGUUUGGAUAUCAAAUGGUGACCAAACAGAUUUGAAGACUUGCAUUAGGGUUGUUACACAAGCAGCAGUGGCAACUAUUCUAUGCAACUGGAGACAGGGACUGAUUAAAUUUGGAAACAGUACAAAGGAUUGGAACUGCUUUGUUCCCCUCCUGGACUAUCUAGAGUCAAGAUGUUGCUUGAUCGUUUCCAUGUAACUUUGGAAUGUCUUUAUUUAAUCAGAGCCUGA